CAGUUAAAAAUUACCCUGUAUGCUGCUUUGUGAUGUAUUUGUUGCACAUCCAGAAGAUCCACUUGCACUUUUAGAAGAAAAAGAAUAAAGCCAAAGUGGAACAUGGCUCUAGCAUAAGACCGUUAUGAUGUCCAAAUAUUGAGAGUUAUUAUGCAGAAGUGGAAAAUGUGGGUGCAGAUUCACAAGGAUAAAAAGACACGCAUUUUUGGUGCAAAAAGUCGCCUAAAGACAUCAGAAGGCUGCAGAGCUCUUCUCUAUUUAAGACUGUUGUAUAGAGAUAAUACUAAUGGAAUAGUCCUAUGACUAUUGUCAAGCAGCUUCCCCAGUUUACAGCAUCUGAGUUUAGCUCACUGCAGAAAAUUCACAUACCUGGACUCUGGAAGAAGCUGUCACAAGCUCAUCUGUUUGGAAAUUUCAGGUUGCAUUCAGGUUUGUAUUGAUGUCUUCAGAAGUAUUGCCAGUGGCUGCAAUAGGAUUCAAGAUUUGCUAAUCAGCGAAAUAUCAGCUCUUACAGACAGAUGUAUUCAAGCUCUGCUUGCAAAAUGCCAACAGAUAAGGUCUAUUUUCUUCCUUGACUCUCCAAAAGUUAGAACUUUUAAAGCCCUUGCUGAAUGUAAACUUGUCCAGGUCAGCAGUGAAGGUAUAUUAAUUCAAAAAAUUCUUAGGAUGAUUUUCGAGUUGAUGAGUAACUGCGCCCCAUAUAUCAGGCGCAUUCAUAUGUCUGUCUGAUGCCAGAAAAUCACAGAUGCUGGUCUUAGGAUGAUUUCACCACUGAAGCACAUUCUUGUACUGAAUGUGGCAGACUGUAUAAGGGUCAGUGAUGGAUGGGUAAGGCCACUGGUACAAGAUUCUUCAGGAGCUAAGCUAAGAAAGCUGAGCGGCUUGAGAGCCCUAGGCUGGCCUGGAAAAAUUUUGGAACUUUCUAUAUCACAGUACAAAAACAUCAGUGACGCUGAGAAUCAGGUAAAACUUCACCUGUUUUUCAGUGUUCCCUGCAAACCUCCCUAUUUCUUCAAAUUAACUAUGUCCAAAACUGAUCUUAUUUUGCUCUGCGUAUCAUCAUUCAUUCUUCAUUUGACCUUUCUACAGUCUCAAAAAUUAUUUUCUCCUUUCGUUCCUAUAAUUCCAUACAGCGGAGAUCUGUUCAAUUUUGGCAUGAAAAGAGUGGAUAGAGUUAUCCAUGUGAUCCUUAGUCUCUUUACCUCAGGACUAAGUCUUGAAAGCUUUGAAAAGCGUCAUGCAACCAGUGGUUUUCAUUCAAUCUGCUAUUUCUGCAAGGUCACAAAAUACCUGUAACCCUGCCAUGUCUCUUACUGCCCUCAGCUGACAGAUGGAGCUGUGAAAGCAAUGCCAUUUCACUGCCCCAGACUAACACCUGGCAACAUAGCGGGUUGCCAAAAGAUGACUGACAAACAUAUCCAGUACUUGGCUUCAGCCUAUCAUUGUCUUCACUUCUUGAAUGUCUCCACAAUUCGUCUUACUGACAAAGCGCUGAAAUAUCUUUGGGAAGCACCUUCACUAAAAAACACAGAUCAGAGCCUGAAUAAACAAAUUCUUCAAAUGAAAAAUGAAGAAACUGCACAACAUUCUUCUACAGUUCAAGGGUUUUUCUCUAGAGCAUGAAAAGAACACUGUAUUACUUUUUAUUAAAACUAAUCACGCUUUAAUAAAAGGCCAUUUGUUGCAUUAGUAAGGAAGCAUUGUGAAUCCUUCUCACAGGAGUGCAAAUGCCUCCAAGCAAGACAGCUGCACUCAAACAGCACUGCUAACCCUCAGAUGUCGAUUCAAGCUGUCUUCAUCUUUCAAUAAUGAAAGUUUUUGUAGUCCUGUGCAGGGUAAGUAAUAAAUAAAUCUGCGUGUGUUUGGGGUUCUGGUGUGCCAUGAAAGUCGUCUCCAGGCCAUUAACACUCUGACUCCCCACGGAACUUCACACUUGACACGGCUGGUACUCAUCAAGUACAGAGUUCUUGAGUAACUGAGAACAGUAAGUAGAUAGUGACCUCUGAGUCUUUAAUACACAACAUACAUAAUGUACAUUUAAGCUCAGUUCUCCCCUCCUCACCAGCCACUUGUGCACCCAGAGCCCUAAUUCUCAUUAAACCCUCCUGGGCUGAGCUCAAGUCUCUCAGCAAACUGCAGAUCUGAAUUGUGAGCUGACUGGCAGCUGACAGAUCAGGAGAAUAAAAUUAAAAAGAGCACAGAUAAGAAAAAUGUUAAAGGAUAAAUUUUCUCCCAUUACAAGAACAUCUUCUCAUC